AAAAACAAACCCCAUCAAUAUCAUACUCCCAUUUUAGCCGUCUUCUAGAUCCUUCCUAAGCCUCACUUGUUGGAGUUGGAACCAGGGUUUCUUUUCUUUCUUCUCUAGAUCCUUCCAAAUCCAACAACAAUCCUAUAAAUCCCAACAAAAUUCACAAAAUUCUCACUCCUAACAUUACUUGAUUUGGUUUCUCAUUCCCAAUUUCAAUGGCAAAAUACGGCGAAGGCGACAAACGUUGGAUCGUCGAAGACAGACCCGACGGCACAAACGUCCACAACUGGCACUGGUCCGAAACCAACUGCCUAGAAUGGUCCAGAACCUUCUUCAACAAGCUCUUCAACAACCUCAAAAUUCUCGACGGCGAGGGUAACUUCCACGCCGCCGUCAAGAAGGUCGAGAAGCUCGACGGCGAGGCAUACGUUAACGUCCGCAAGGGGAAGAUCAUUCCGGGAUACGAAAUUAGUGUGUCGAUUUCAUGGGAAGGGGAGGCGAGGGAUUCCGACGGGAAGAUCUUGCAUAAGGUUGUUGGGAGUUUUGAGAUUCCGUAUAUUUCCGAUGAGAAUGCCGAUGAGGAUCCGGAAGUUAGGGUUAGUGUGAAAGAUGAGGGGGUUAUUGGGAAGAGUUUGAAGGACGCGGUUGUUGUGAAAGGGAAGGCGGUGAUUUUGGAGAAGGUUAGGGUUUGGGUUGAGAGUAUGUCGAAAGGUGGACCGGUUAAAGAUGAGCUUGAGAGUAAGAAGGUUGCUCCUCCGCCGCAGAGGAGUAAUAAUUCGGUUGUUGCGGCCGGGGCGAAGAAAGAGGCGGCGGAGGUUGUUGCGGUUGCGACAAAGAAUGAGAAGGAGAAGGGGAAGAAGGGUUGUAAAACAAUUAGUUUGAAUGAGAAGUUUAAUUGUAGGGCGAAGGAUUUGUUUGAGAUAUUGAUGGAUGAGAAUAGAUGGAAGGGUUUUACGCAGAGUAAUGCGAGGAUUAGUAAGGUUGUUGGUGGUGAGUUUAGUAUCUUUGAUGGGUCUGUGACAGGGGAGAAUUUGGAAUUGGAAGAAGGGAAGUUGAUUGUUCAGAGAUGGAGAUUUGGGAGCUGGCCUGAUGGGAAGCAUUCAAUGGUGAGACUUGUGUUUGAGGAGCCUGAAUCUGGAGUUACAGUUGUAAAGCUAACACACACGGAUGUGCCUGAAGAAGACAGAUAUGGGAAUGCGACUGUGGUGGAGAAUACAGAGAGAGGAUGGAGGGAUCUCAUUUUCCAAAGGAUUCGGUCCGUGUUUGCUUUUGGAAUGUGAGACGUUCUCGACUGUCUGUUGUAGAAUUCGAUUUUUGUUUUCAUUUUUACAUGGGUAGAUCAUUGAAUCAUUAUAUUGCAAAAGACAAAGUGUCUUUUGCAAUGAUUUCUGCUGCUACUUAUUUUUGGUUUCAGAAAUUGUCUCUUGUUUAUUACCAUGGAUGGUUCCUUGCUCGUGCUGUCUGUCUAAUUUAAGAUUCCAUCUGUCAUCAAUGUUUUUUUACUUUAUACAGUUAUCAGUAUCCUUGGUGACAACAUUAACUCUUGUUAUAUUAUACAAUUUAAAACAGCUGAAAUUUCAAUUUAA